AUGGUUGUCAUUUCUCUUGGAAUUCCAAAGCCGCCGCAAUCGUCGCCAAAGAAAGAACAAAAAGAAGAGCUGCCUCAGCCGGCCAUCAUUGCGCCGGAGAUCAACCUUCGCGAUCACACAAGAGCCAUCGCCGCGUGUCUCAAGCGCAACGAUCCGAACAAACGGGAGAGCCGCUCGCCGGCAUCGCUCAGUUCGUCACUCCGCCACCGCAUCAAGUCACCACAAAAGCCAAUCAACACUGAAAAAGACCUCGAAGAAUACCUCCAAUCCUUCGUCGGCCCGGAUAAUAAAUCGACCUUGAUUUGCCCACCAAAAGAGGUGUGGCAGUCUCCGAUUCGCUUCUCCGACUACCCGAACAAGUUCAAGUUCCAACUGUCAAAGACGCCUCUAUCCAAGCCGGCGAAUCCUCAUCUUCCGUUCGACACCACUGGCGUCGAAGAGACCUCGACCAAUGCAUGGAUUCAGCUGGGCGUCACCGCCAGGGGGCUAGAAACCCGCUGCGGCAAAAAGGGAUCCCAACUGAGUGGAGGACAGAAGCAGAAAAUCGCCAUCGCCAGGGCGCUAAUUCGAAAGCCAAAAAUUCUGUUGCUGGACGAGGCGACUAGCGCCCUCGAUACCGAAAGCGAAAAGAUCGUGCAAGAUACGCUGGACAAGGCGCGGCAAGGGCGGACUGCGAUUCUGAUCGCGCACCGACUUUCCACCGUUAUCAACGCGGACGUCAUCGCCGUCGUCGACAACGAAAAAAAUUUUUUGAUCGCGCGCUGA